AUGACUGGUAACCAAGAACAUCAUGAAGAUGAACGGCCAAAACAAGAUAAUAACUCAAUACUAUCCUCGAAUAAUAAUGAAACAACCUCAAAACACUCUGAAUUCUAUAAGAAACUGCCGUUACUUUUAUUCAUUACGGCCUAUAUAUCAUUUUGUUGUCUUGGUGCACUUUGUUUAACCCUACUAGAACGACCUACAGAAAGACUAGAAAGAUUGCGCUUACACGCUUCACAAAUCAAUUUUUUGAGGACUAAUCCAUGUGUAUCAAGUGAAGAACUUCAGAAGUUUGUUAGUUAUAUUGUAUCAGCCACAAAAAUGGGUAUAUCAAUGACACCAAUUAAAAAUAUUAGCAAAUAUGACUUACUGAGCAUUCCUAAAAAUUGGCACGAAAAUUUUUAUUUGGAAAUGAAUGCUGAAGUAAAUGCUCAACUGGAAUCAAUCGCUAGACGUAUUCUAACUGAAGAAGAAAUAAAUAACAGCAGUUGGAACUUUUAUGAAUCAGUAUUUUUUGUGAUAACAGUUAUCACAACUAUAGGUUAUGGAACAAUCAGUCCAGUUACCAUAUACGGCAAAGCUUUUUGUAUAUUUCUGGUUGCUAUUGGAAUUCCAAUGAAUGUGAUCCUGGUUUCCGUACUAGCUUCUUUGUGCAUGCCCAUUAUUCGCAAGUCACGAAAUGCCCUAGUUGAUUUUUAUUCUUAUUCAAGCGAUCAUGGUACAUAUCAUAACAAGCAUAAUAAAAAUUGGAAACAUUCAAAUUUCAAUUCUUUAAGCGGACAUAGGAAAAGUAUGGAAGAUAUUAAACCAUACCUAAAUAAGGAAAAUAAACAUAGAGUUUCAAAAUUGUUUUUCAAGCUUAAAUCUCUUUUCCGACGACAAGUUAAUGCUCCAGACGGACGAAGUGAAUCGAGUGUGCUUCAUAGAUCGUUAUCCGACAGUCGUUUAUCGAAUAACAUCGUGAAAAAAAAUCCUCCACCAACAGUAUGCAAUAUCACUGAGCCAAAGAAUGUCGUCGAAAAUGACGGAUUAUCAAAUAAAACUGCCUCAGUGACUUCCUUAUCAACAUCUUUAUCAACAAACAAGACUCUAUCUCAAAGUUCUCUGACAAUAAAAACAGAAAAUUAUCCAAAAGAUUUUAAUAAUGAUGAAAACGAUCAUGAAAUCUCAAAGCAUGAGCAAUCAAAUAAACCAAUAUUAUCUAUUAUGAAACAUCAUGAACUUCAUAUAAAUAAUGACAUAUCAAUGAAUCCCAGUUUAGCUUCGGUAAAAAUUAACAGGCCGAAAACGGUACUUGGUCACACUAAUGUACCGAAAAAAUUAACACAUAAAGUUUCUUUAAGUUUUGCAGCAAAUAACCAACCAGAUGCAGCUGACAACAGAAUAAAUCAGCUGGAUACAACUCAAUCAUCUCCUAGUCAAUUCAGUGGACACACUGAAAAAGAAACUUAUGUAAAAAACGUUGAUAAACCAGCUCGACAUUCAUUGAGUGAAAUAUUUAGAGAAGUAACACAAAAUACAUGUAAUCUCAAUGAUUGCUUUUCUACAGAAACUUCACUAGCUGAUCGUGCUCAUAUUUCUUGCAUAGCAUUUCUACAUUACUUGUUAUCUAGAAGUGAUUUGGCUUUAACUACACAAGUUAAACUUUCACAAUUUCGAUAUGUGAAUGUACAUCAUGGUAUAUUUCGUUUACGAUUAUUACAUUUCUUCAUUGUAUUUUGUGUAGUAAUUACAUGCUCAGUACUUAUACCUGGGAUUAUAUUUACAUAUUUAGAACAGAAUUGGACAUAUUUUGAUGCAAUUUACUUUUGUAUCAUAUCACUUAGUGCAGUUGGUUUUGGUGAUAUGGUUGCAAGUGAAAGUAAAGACAGCAGUGCAUCAUCAUUAGUAACGAUAUUAUAUGUGAAGAAUAUUUACAGAGUAAUGACUGCAAUUUAUUUAGUGUUGGGAACCACAUUAAUUGCCGUUCUAGUGAGAAGUUUCCAAGAGAUUAUUGACUAUGAAUUUUCAAAUGUAACAGGAGGAUACUUCGACGAAAAAUUUAGUGAACAUAUGGCACACAAUUCAUGUUUAGAAUUACUUUUUGACGAUACUACACCUUCACAAAAUUGUAGAAAUCAAUUAAAUCAUAGAGAUAUGGGUUGA